GCUCCAUCGGGCCCCAUCGACCGACACGCGGCGCGUCCCGCGGUUGACGGCGGUCCCCCGGCGAACGUCGCCGACGAGUCCAGAGCGGACAGCAGUCGGCGCUGUUCACCGCGGUCCCUUUCCCCCGUCAAGAUGUCACCGCUCAAGUGUUCACCGGGUGGGGGUAAUCCGUAGACCAGUCGCAGCAGCAGCAGCAGCAGUCGUAGUUGUUUAUAAACCCCGGCCUUAACGACGCGUUUCUUUCCACUAAAGUCUUGCCCCUCUCUCUCUCUCGCGCUUUGUGUCGCCGUUGUCUCGUUGUCGACUCGCCAAACAUCGAGGCUCUCGCUGACCGCGAGAGUCGCCACCGCUCACAACACACGAGGAGCAGGAGGUGAAGGAGGAGUGUGGAGCCAUGAAGCGCCUGAGGCUCAAGGAGUUGGAGAGCAACCUACAGCAGGUGGACGACUUCGCUCGGCCCAAGGUGCAUCUGGAGCAGUACGCCACGCGGCCGCACAUCGCAGCCUGUAUGCUUCACACCAUCCACACGCGCUACGACGACCUGGAGGGGAAGCUGGUGGGAGACCUGGGCUGCGGCUGUGGGGUCUUGAGCAUAGGAGCGGCAAUGCUGGGUGCUGGCCUGUGUGUGGGCUUUGACGUGGACGAGGAGGCGCUGGAGACCUGUCUGCACAAUGUGGAUGAGUUUGACGUGGGCGUGGUGGACGUCGUGCAGAGCGACGUGUGCGCGCUGCACCAGCCGCGCUGGCGAAAAGCCUUCCACACCGUCGUCAUGAACCCACCGUUCGGCACCAAGCAAAACAAAGGUAUGGACAUGGUGUUUCUGCAGACAGGUUUGGAGCUGGCCAACACGGCCGUCUACUCUCUUCACAAGACAGCCACGAGGCAGCAUAUACGGAAGAAAGCUGAAGAAUGGAAGGUGAACAUGGAAGUGAUUGCGGAACUCAGAUACGAUCUUCCAGCCUCAUAUAAAUUUCACAAGAAGAAUUCUGUUGAUAUCGAGGUUGACUUCAUCAGAUUCUCCUUCAAGAGCUGAACUGCACCUCUGUGUGGUCGGGCCCAUGCGACAGUGCCCUACCCUGCUAAACGGAACUACCAUAGGAGAUCCGACAAUCUGCCAAAUCUCUCCCUUACCACUCAUCUCGAGGCACUUGGGUGAUGCUCGCUGCAAUGUCUCGCUGCUCACAAAGUUAGGAGACUGAUCUUUGGUCAUAACCAGAGAGAGCAUGGGGUCAUGCUGCGAUACCUACUCGCCCUCAUUGCUCACUCAGUCCCCUUGAUCGCUGAAGCCUGACCACCAACCCAGCAUUACUACACAAGUUCAACGUAAAGACACUGGAAGCAGCAUCUUGAGGUGUGGACUUGAUUGAACAUUUGUGGGCAGCAUCCUUACAUGCCAGUGUGGAUUUUUUUUACAUUUUAUUUUAAAUGAGAAAGGGGCUUUGCUCAUCUCCUCUUUACAGCUCUGAGCCAGCGUUGGAAAUUUCACAUUUCUGUGGGAAGUGUGAGUCUAUAUGGCAGCAACUGUUUAUUUUCAACAAUGGUAUUAAUUUUAUUGAAACUGGAGGAAACAUCUGAGUUGACUUCAUACCAGGUAUUGAAAUUUCCAUUUUGCAAUUGCAAGUCUUUAUACUUGCGGAUUUUAUACAUUUGCCAAGAAAUAAACCAAUACAUUGCCCAUGAUCAGUGGUACGUCUCUGCGUGCUGUGCUACUUGCAGUGCUACAGAUGCCUGUAUAUUUGUGAUAAUAUGAUCCAAGUGUUCUUAUUGAUCAAGUGUUAAUCUGGAUCAUUUAUGCCCACUAGACCCAGCCUUUGCAUAUGUGGCAUCCUGAGAAAACAAAUAACUUAAUCCUCCUUGGAAAUGACGCUCUGGCAAUAACUCAGUCAUUGUCACUUGUUAUCCGUGAUAUAACUCAUGCUAAAGCGUUAUACAUUAUAUACACACAAACACAUUGUUUAAAUUGGAUUAAAACUUUAGAGUAUUUUGUAUUCAGAAAUGUUUACACCAGUGGAGCUUUGCAACCUACACAGCCACGCUGAUCACCCACCCCUCGGGUCAGUCGUGAUAGCAACCUUACAUUGAUAAGAAGAGUCAGUAUUUUUUUAGUGGCUUGAGUAUUAUUGCAUGUGCAUUACAUGAUUUGAGAUCACUUAAAAAAAAUAAUUGCGUGACUGUAUAACGAAUGCUCUCAUCUCGGUACUUCUUCGGCCCUGUUAUUUUAUAUUUACCCAGUGAUGUUCAACAGCAUGUGUCGGUUAAUAGUUUAGUCAUGACGGUGACGCGAGGACUAACCUUUUUGAAGCCUCUUUUGCACUGUUGUGAUUUUCGUUGCGUUUUGGUGGAAUAAACACCGUCGUUUUCAUUUAAAACAUUUCGCCAGGUACGUUCCUCCUCAAAGCAUUUCAUCUGCCAAUUACCCAAACCAAAAUAACAUCAAUAAAGUGUUUUACUUUGCACCACG